ACGGUCGUCAGCUUGGCUGUGUUGGACUCCCGUGGAGUACUGGAGGAGAGCACUAGUGUCCGUUCCAUUUUCUUGGAACAUCCUAGCCAGCACUGCUCGGGUACCUGUCUGGUCAUCGGCAACGGCGAAGAACGGGUCAAUUGUCCCUUUUCUUCACAAUUGGAGGGGGCGUAUUAAUACGUUUUGAGAACCUCCGACCAUUGUCUACUGGAACACAUCCAAGCCCUCCUCGCCCGUUGCUACAUACACACAAACCGCUGUUGGCCAGCUCGCCUGCCAGCGCAGUAGCGCCCCCGCCAUGUCCUCACAACCCGCACAAGGAUGGCAUCCGAACCCACAGCUGAUGCAACAGCAAGCCCAACCACUUCACAUGCCACCCGCUGGUUGGACCGGUAGUUGGCCCCCCGCCGCCGGAUUCCCUCCUGGAUAUCCAGGCCCGCCUCCGAUGCCUCACGGCGCCCCCUCGCGCUGGAAUGCCGGCUCCUGGCAAUACAACCCCCACAUGCAAAACGGACAACAACCAUGGGCACCCGGAAUGGGCUGGGGCAUGCCCCCCAAUUACAACCCAUACAAACGUGUUCCCCGCCCGGCCUCUCCGAGUUAUUGGAAAACUGAACUCACCAAUAAUGGCUUGGGAUUGGAAGGUAUGGUAAAGAGAGAGAGAAAGGAGGAUCAAGAUAGCGAUGAACCUCACACACCCUGGAUAUGGAGUCCACCUAGUCUGCUAGCAGAUGGCGAGGAUCGUCCACGGCCGGAACGCACCUUCGAUCUUCGUCGUGAAGGCUCUUCAUCAUCAGGUAUUCAUCAUGCUCGCGCUGCCUCAACGCCUGUGCGAGAACCUGCCACCAAUGCGGACAGAAGGGCGGCUUCGUACGAUACACCGAUCAAUCGGUCGUUUGACAAUACGACCGCCAACAGCACACCCGUGCGCCCUACCACUACUUCUCAACCGUACUAUCACACCCCCGACAGAGUUACUCCGUCGCGUGGAGAAUAUAUUUAUCGCUCUAACAGUACCCCUCACGAGACUCAUCACACGACCGCUCCAGGACGCCAAUCAACUGAACCUGCGCGCAGGUCCUCCAGCCACCAGCGAUCUUCAUCAACCGGGCCAUCAUCAUCAUCUCACCACCACUCAACGUUGACCCGUGGGGAGUCGUUCAGCACCGGUCGCUCAAAUGGACAUGCACCCCCGGGAAACCAAUACCCGGCUCCGACAACUGCAACCACUUCAGCGUCAAGCACGGCCAACGGGCGUGCUGCCCAACCACUAAUGUACACUCAAGAACCAGACUCCUAUUCCUCCAGGGCGGAGCUCCAACCUACGUUUUCAGCUAAUAUCGUGCGAACGCCAGUCCACUACCAAUCACCCCGUCGCAGCACGGACGAAGGAAGACAUGCAUCUCGUUCACCUUCCAGACACGGCCCUCCGCCUAGCUCAAACCAAGGCCGAGGAGUCCCCUCUGCACAACCUCUGAUGAGGCACUCAUCCAUGCCAACGGCGACUUCGUCUCGCGACCCUUACUCGAACUUUGCAGAAGACAUGUCCAGUGGAUUGCCCCCCGUCUCUUCAGCCCCUCGCUCGUCUAGAAGCACAGGUCCCUUAACGCGCAGUCGCACCGAACCAUCUGUCGGGCUGAACUUGACCACGAUACCCGAGACCGUCUCUUCAACUUCCAGUGGAGACCAAUUUUUUGCGCCUCUCGCUGAACCGUUCUCGUCAUCUGACGAAUCAUCGCCCGAUCCGUCGCCUCGCUUGGGAAACAGGCGGUCACCGUACUCGAACGAUCCGUCUCCCAACCGUUCUCCACGUGCUCGGCACAACCGGUCACCUUACGGUACCGGACGUUCUCCGGGAGAACCACGGCAAGAUGAGCACCGCCCUUCUCCGUACUCCAGUAGACCCUCACCAGAUCCCUCCCCGCGGCAUCAUGACUCCCGUCGAUCAUCAUCCCACUCCAACGGACCUUCGCCACGCACACCAAAUAAUCCGUCCCCGCAGCACCGCCCAUCGCCUUACUCCAACAGCAGACGUGAGAAUCCACUCCCAGCUCCGCCAAUGGAGCGCCCCACCCUCUCAGGGUCACAGCCUCCGGUGCAAGAAUCCCCACCGGCAAACUGGUCCCGCAGGGUGCGCUACGGGUUUUGGAACAGGCGCGGCGACCACCUCACGCCGAACUUGUACGUCGUUUACGCGCCGGAAGAUCGUGCGUAUCCUUCCGAGCUCCGGAACUAUCCAGAUGAGAGGGGAGGGUUCCAGGAUCAUCAUGGGACGUUCAUUCCCGCGGCGGACCGCCCGGAGCUGCCUGCUUCUCUGCCCCAGCGCGGACGACCGCCAGCGCAGCCUUACGAUAGUUUUGUGGUGUACAAAUAUUUCCCAUGAUAUCGCUCACAUGAGUAUGGGCGCUUCCCAUGGGAGUAAAUGAAGAAGUUGACCAUUUAUAUGCUUUAUUUAACGACAAUACACGGGCCGAAAGAACGACCAACUUGUCGAGCAGAUCAUGUAGGGAGAAGUAGGGAGA